AACGGACCAAGCAAGAGAAGCGCGAGAACGUGCACCACCUUUCCACUGCAGCAGCAGCAGCAGCAGCAUCCACCUCUGACCGAGCCUGAAACCCUUUCAGCAUCACGACAGACAGCCCUGACUGACCCCCGCCCCCAACAAACAAACAAAGUAGACCGGAGAGAUGGACGAGAACGUGCAGACGAUGGUGCACUACCUCCAGCAGACGCUGGACCCCAACCCGGCCACGCGCAAGGAGGCGGAGAAGUUUCUCGAGUCAGUGGAGCACAACGAGGGCUUCCUCAUGAUUCUGGUCAACACAAUGAUGACGGACUCGCUCGACCGCGGCGUGCGACAGGCCGCCGCCAUCACCUUCAAGAACGUCGUCAAGAGGCGCUGGGCCUCCGAGGAAAACAGCCUCGCCCAGUCGGACAAAGAGCAAAUCAAGACGCAAAUCAUCUCCAUCAUGCUCAACACCCCGCAGUACGUGCAGAAGCAAAUCUGCGAAGCCAUCGCCCGCAUCGCCAAGUCCGACUUCCCGGAGCACUGGCAGCAGCUCCUGCCCAGCCUCAUCGAGCAUCUCCAAGGCACCGACUUCAACGCCAUCAAGGGCGUCCUCCGCGCCGCAGACCCCAUCUUCUGGAAGUAUCGGUACGAGGAGCGUAGCGACGAAUUGUGGAUCGAAAUCAAGUACGUCAUCGACACCCUCGCGCAACCGCUGACUACGCUGUUUGGCAAUUGCGUCAAGGCUGUGGAGCAGCUGGCCAGCGAGCCCGCCCAACUCGUGCCCGUCUUGGAGGCAACAGAGCUUGUUCUGCAGAUCUUCUACAGCCUCAACUUCCAGGACCUGCCUGCGUUCUUUGAGGAUCACAUGGAGGAGUGGAUGCACGGGUUUCUCACGCUGCUCAAGCUGCCCAACAUGCCCGAGCUUGAUGACGACGACCUGGAGAAGCCAGGCGUUGUGCAGCAGGUGAAGGGCCAGAUUUGCGCCUGCAUCAGCCUCUACGCACAGAAGUACGACGAGGAGUUCCAGAUCUACCUGCGUCAGUUUGUGGACGUUGUGUGGCACUUGCUCACCACCACCGGUCUUGAAGUCAAGAACGAUUACCUUGUGAGCACUGCGAUGAACUUCCUGACGUCUGUGUCCGAGCGGAAGCAGAACAUGGAUCUUUUCUCCGACGAGGCCGUCCUCAAGGCAAUCUGCGAGCAGGUGAUUGUGCCGAACAUGUACUUCCGGGAGGCGGACGAGGAGAUUUUCGAGGACAACGCGGAGGAGUACAUCCGACGCGACAUUGAGGGCUCAGAUGUUGACACGCGACGCCGCGCUGCCUGCGACCUUGUGCGUGGACUGUGCAAGUUCUUUGAGAGCCAGGUCACCGACAUCUUCUCUGCCCACGUCUCCACCCUCAUCGAGACGUAUCAGGCUGAUCCCGUCAACAACUGGAAGUCGAAGGAUGUUGCCAUCUUCCUUGUCACCUCACUCGCGGUGCGCAGCAAGACAGCGAGCGCUGGCACCACAGAGACCAACCAGUUUAUCAACGUUGAAGACUUUUUCCACAACGUAAUCGUCGCACAUCUCAAGCCGGAUGCCGGUUCCCAUCCUGUGCUCGUUGCGGACGCCAUCAAAUACGUCCUCACUUUCCGCGGUCACCUGGCGCACGAGACAAACGCCGGGGUGCUGCCCUACCUCAUCCACCACCUCUCCUCCCCAAUCUGCGUCGUCAACUCCUACGCUGCUGCGUGCAUUGAGCGGCAGCUUGUGUCGCGUCGCCAAGGGGCGCUGCUGCUCCCCGUUGAUGUCGUCACGCCGCAUCUUGAGUCCCUCCUCACGAACCUCUUCCACGCCCUCAGCGUCCCCGGCAAUGGCGAGAACGAAUACGUCAUGAAAGCCAUUAUGCGCACGAUUGUGGCCUGUAAGGCUGCCAUCCUCCCCUACAUUGUGACGAUUGUGGACAAGCUUGCAGCCAUCUUGCUGGAGGUUGCCAAGAACCCUGGCCGUCCACGCUUCAACCACUUUAUGUUUGAGGCGUUUGGUUCCGCCAUCCGGUUCUCGUGCUCGACGAGCCACGAGAUUCUGGAGAAGUUUGAGGCGGCGCUCUUCCCGCCAUUUGAACUCCUCCUCACAAACGACGUCGAAGAGUUCCAGCCGUACAUCUUCCAGCUGCUUGCGCAGUUGCUUGAGCUGCGGCAGCCACCAGUGCCAGACACGUACAUGAGUCUGUUUCCGCACCUCACCAACCCGGGCUUGUGGGAGUCUGGUGCCAACACCACCCCGCUUGUUCGCUUCCUCUGCGCCUUCUUCAAAGUGGGCAAGACCACGGUGGUCAGCGGCACGGCCGAGAUUGAGGGCUUGCUCGGCGUGUUCCAGAAGCUCAUCGCAUCAAAGGCGCACGACCAAGACGGCUUCAAGCUGCUCACUGCGAUGGUGGCUAACCUCCCAUACGAGAUGCUUGCCCCGUACAUGGAGACAGUGAUGCGCCUCAUGCUUGCACGCAUGACAGGCUCCCGAACAGCCAAGUUCACCUCCAACUUCAUCACAUUCGUCUGCUUCCUCACCGGCGUGCGCGAUCCAAACACAGUCGCCCAGAUCUUCGAUGCCAUCCAACCUGGGCUGUUUGGGAUGGUGCUGAACCGCAUCAUGGAGGACGUGCGAAAGGUGUCGGGCGACGCCGAGCGCAAGGCCUGUGUGAUUGGCAUCACCCAGAUGCUCUGCGCCAGCAACACCGUCAUGUCCCAGCCAGAGUUGUGGGCCAAGCUGCUGGAGACGCUUGUCAGCGUGAUUGAACUGCCGGAGGAGGAGCAUCCCGACGAAUUUGACGUCGAGGAGCCUGUUGCAGACGCGUCUGGAUAUCGCACGGCAACGUUCAACCGGCUCGCAUAUGCCGGGCAGCCAGAUGAGGACUACUUCAAGGAGGUGUCUGAUGUGCGCACGUUUGUUGCGCAGCAUCUUGGCAGCUGCUUCUCGCAGCACCAGAACCUGAAGGCGGCCAUCCCGGCAAACGUACAGCAGCCGCUCUCCUCGUACUUCCAGGCCGCUGGUGUAGCUCUCGCGUAGGUGACAGACAGACAACCGCAUGCUUUCUCCCCUCCCGCUCACACACUCGCCCCCUUUGUUCUUCAUUCAAGCAAGCAAGAAAGCAGGAGAUCAAGCAAGGGGAUCGAUAUGUCUUUGCAUUGUGAUUGUGAUUGCGUCGUUUCAUUCAUGGUUCACAAGUCACAACAAUGAAAAUGAAGAAGACAGAAA